CCGAGCUGAUGCCCGGUAGCCGGGUGGGUACGAGCAGCAGCCGGAGAGCGGCACAGAUACGACACGGCUUUCCGCACUUGCAGGUAGUCCAGCUUCGAGGCAAUGUGGAGACCCGGCUGGAGCGCAUCAAGAGUCGGGAGAUCAGCGCCACGGUGCUGUCCAUGGCGGGUCUUCAGAGGCUGGGUUGCGAGGACAUGGCGUCUGCCGUACUGAGUAUGGACGAGAUGCUGCCGGCGGCGUGCCAGGGGGCGGUGGGGGUGGUGUGCCGGGAAGAUGACCCCUGGGUCAUCCAGCAGCUCACCGCCAUCUCCCAUCGAAGUACAUUCCUCGAAGUAUCUGCGGAGAGGGCGUGUCUGACCGCGCUGUUGGGCUCCGAGGAGGCGGGUCGCGCGGGUGAGCACUUCCCCGCCCUGGCCUGGGGCUGCCACGCCAGCCACCACCCCGACAGCGCUACCAUGGACUUGGACUGCUUCGUGUCGGACUUGCAGGGGGAGGGGCUGACCAGGUACACAGAGUACGACAGACUCAUACUAAAUCAAACGGACGCCGAAGAUCUGGGAUCGCUGUACGGCAAUCUCAUGCGGAUGGUCGCUGGUAGUCAGGGCUGGGUGCAAGUCAACUGA